CCUACAUGGGGCUCAAUCCCAGGACCCUGGGAUCAUGACCUGUGUUUGGUCUCGUUCGAAGCCGCCAAGCUGUCUUGUGAAGCCGCAGCGUGGGUCUGCGUUCCCUGCAGCCAUGACUGGGCUCUUGCCACUCUGAGUCCUCGCCAGCAGUUGGUCUUGUCAGUGCCCUGGAUUUUGGCCGUUGUAGUAGGCGUGCAGUGGAAUCUUGUUAUAAUUUGCAUUUCCCUGAUGACGCGGGAUGUGGAGCAUCUUCUCAUGCGCUUAUCUGCCACCCGUAUGUCUUCUCUGCUGUGUGGGAGUAGAAGAGGAGGAGGCCCCAGACAUCGACAUAUACCACUGCCCGAACUGCGAGAAAACCCACGGGAAGUCUACCCUGAAGAAGAAGAGGGCCUGGCACAAACAUGGCCCGGGGCAGACGCCCGACGUGAAGCCCGUGCAGAAUGGCAGCCAGCUCUUCAUCAAGGAGCUGCGGAGUCGGACCUUCCCCAGCGCGGAAGACGUGGUGGUCCGCGUGCCGGGCAGCCAGCUCACGCUGGGCUACAUGGAGGAGCACGGCUUCGCUGAGCCCAUUCUCGUCCCCAAGAAAGAUGGGCUGGGCCUGGCGGUCCCGGCCCCCACCUUCUAUGUCAGCGACGUCGAGAACUAUGUGGGCCCAGAGCGGAGCGUGGACGUGACAGACGUCGCCAAGCAGAAGGACUGCAAGAUGAAGCUGAAGGAGUUUGUGGACUACUACUACAGCACCAACCGCAAGCGGGUUCUCAACCUCACCAGCCUUGAGUUCUCCGACACCAGGAUGUCCAGUUUCGUGGAGCCGCCUGACAUCGUCAAGAAGCUGUCGUGGGUGGAGAACUGCUGGCCCGAUGACGCACUGCUGGCCAAGCCCAAGGUGACCAAGUACUGCCUUAUCUGUGUGAAGGACAGCUACACCGACUUCCACAUCGACUCGGGCGGUGCCUCUGCCUGGUACCACGUGCUCAAGGUAAGCACAGCUGCCUCCGUGCGUGAGCCCCGUGGGGCCGGUGCCCGGCUUCUCCAGGAGGGACGUGGUGUCCGGCCCUCGGGAGGCAGAGGGGUGGGGUGCGUGUCGCAUGUUUCUGAGGAGGGGGAGGCUCAUGAAGCAGUUGGACGUGGCCCACUGGAGUGGAGCCCAGGGCUCAGCAGUGUGCAUGCCCAGAGAGAGGAGCGUGGUGCUGGGAGGACUUCCUGGAAGAGGGCCCUGGCUUUGGCGGAGCAUGAGGACGAGCUCCCAGAGCACUUCAAACCUUCCCAGCUCAUCAAAGACCUCGCCAAAGAGAUCCGCCUCAGCGAGAAUGCCUCCAAGGCCGCCCGACCCGAAGUGACCCCGGCCAUCUCCUCAGAUGAAGUCUGUUUUGGGGACCGGGAGAAAGAGGAGCCCCCAUCUCCUAUUGAGGCCAGUCCUCCUCGGUCCUUCCUGGAGAAAGUAUCCAAAAAAAAGACUCCCAAAACCGUGAAGAUGCCCAAGCCAUCCAAAGUUCCCAAACCCCCCAAGCCCCCCAAGCCCCCGAAGCCCCCCAAAUCACUGAAGCUCAAGGAUGGGGGCAAGAAGAAAGGGAAAAAGUGCAGGGGGGCAGCCUCACCCACCAUCCCCAACCUGGACCUGCUGGAGGCCCACACCAAGGAGGCGCUGACCAAGAUCGAGCCUCCCAAGAAAGGCAAGGUGGGUAAUCUCACCCUCCUGUCUGUGGGCAGAGGGUCUGCAGACACCUUGGGGGCUGGCCUGUGGGGCGAAGCUGGGGCUGCUGUGUCCUUGUGAGGCUCGGGGUAGGUGGGUUGUGCUCCAGUGAGCUUGGUGUAGUGGGGAGGAAGCCUCACAGGAAAGGCAGUGGUGUCUGUUCUGGGACGGGGGGGCACCACACAGGGUCAUUUGCGGGGUUGAGGUGGCUGGGUCCUCCUGGGGCCCAGGCAUUGGCUGAGAUCUGAAGGUGGGUCAGGUGCCCAGUGCAGGGCAGUAUGGAGGCAGAAGGGAGACUUAUGAUGUGGGCAGUUACUUGAGGGGCCUGAGCCCCUAUAGGCAGUGAGAGAGGCAGACCUGGCCCUGGGGACCUACCGGUGUGACCAGAGGCCCUUAGGUGUGGGUUUCAGGGACCAUGAGCCCGAGACCAAGCCCCAUUGAGUGGGAGGUUGUUACCCACUUCUCGGGGUGGGGGGUGGUCAGUGACAGCAUUAUAGGGCUGCAGUGGGACACCUUGGUUUUCUCUUUCUCAAGACAAAGAGGGUGGAUGAAUGAACAGAUGAA